UGAAAUGUUCACAACCGUCUUUAUAGUGUUACAUUUAUUCCACAAUGGACCAUUUUCAAAACCCUGACCCUUACCAAUCUGGUACUCAUGUUCCCAGAGUCAUCCAUCCGUCCGACUUUGAAUCCUAUGACUAUCUCAUGCUAGAAGACGGUUCGGAGGGAGAUUUUUCAUCGCAAAAUAUGGCAUCGCCGGAAAAUGUAACUGUUGGCUCCGUCGGUUCCAUUGAAAUUGGGAGUCCAACUGCAAGGGCUAGUAACAUAAAUGGGGCAAACAAAAAGGAGAUCGGUGCAGUGUCUACUAGGGUUGCUUUUAGAACGAAGUCGGAGGUGGAGAUCAUGGAUGAUGGAUUUAAAUGGAGAAAGUAUGGGAAGAAGAUGGUGAAGAGCAGUCCAAAUCCAAGGUACAUGGUAUUAAAUGCAUUGCUUGAUAUUUUAUUUCUUUAG